AUGUCUAGAAGGUACAACAAGCAAGCAGAAAAACAGCUCAUUGACAUUGUCAAUAGCAGAAGUAACGUUAACAAGUGUGGCGAAUGUGGCAGCGACUACCCCACAUGGGCGUCAUGGAACUUGGGCAUCUUGCUCUGUGGCCGGUGUGCCAACAUCCAUAAGAAGGUACUCCAAACCAACGGACCUCGCGGCGGCCCCAUUUCAAAGGUUAAGUCUUUGACUCUUGAAUCGUGGUCUGAUGACCAAAUCGACCUGUUGCGCCGCAUCGGCAACAAAAAGGCCAAGCAGCGCUGGAACCCCAAGAAAGUACCUUUUCCUCACGACUAUGACGACAACGACGCUCCCGUGGAGCAGUGGAUGCGGGACAAGUACAUAUUGCAGAAGUUCCGGUACGAUCUGGGUGAAAUUGAUGAUGCCGAUGAUAAGUUUUCCCGCUACUCCAACGAUAGCGGAGCUCUGACUCCGGCAGGAAGAUCCCGGCUGUCAACACUCACCGGCGGACGUCUGAGAUCAAACACGGGUCAAAUCCCACGGUUGCUGCACCGGAAACUCACUCAGUUCGAGCAGACCCAGUUCUCUUCACAGCUUGACAAGAUUUUGGGCUUCGGGUACACGGACCGAGAUGCCGUGUUGGAGAGUUUGAUUUUGAGUAGGGGAGACAUUCUGUUUGCCUUGGACAUUUUGGAUCACGACUCCAAGGUAAAUCCAACUCUGGCUGAGCUUCCGCCUGAUUUGCCCAAGCGGCCCUCGACUGCUGGUGUAUCGACUGCUUCGAAUAGUGGGGCACCUCAGGUUACCGCAACGACUUCCUCUGAGUGGUGGAACUCGCAGACUGGUUCACAGAGCUCCUCGCAAAACCAGACGGGAGUGCAGUUGAAUGGCCAGCCGCAGAUCUACCAAUACACUGAUCCAAUCACUGGACAGGUGUCGUAUAUCGACUCGAACGGCCAGCAGUACUUGGAUCCCAACAAUCCACAGCACCAACAGAUGUUAAUGCAACAGACCAACCCACAGCUCAUUGCUCAACAGACCAAUAAGCAGAAUAUCUUGUCUCUCUACAAUCAGCCAGACAAUUUCACUACCAACGUUGCCGUUUCUACGAGCCAGAUGCAACAGCAGCAGCAACAACCCAUGCAAAUGCAACAACCUAUGCAGCAGAUACAACAGCCAUUGCAGCAGCAGUUGCAACCAGCACAGACGGGUUUCCAGUAUGCUCAGGGCCAAGUGUACAUGCAACCCGGCCAGAAUGGAAUGUAUGGACAGCAAACUCAAUAUGGCCAGCCCCAACAACAAUACUGGCGAUAA